AUGUCUAUUGCACGCCAACCACUUAAGGAUAUGGAAUCUGUUCAGUUCCAUCUUCAUUGGUAUCUAUAUGCUAUUACUGAGGCAGCAAAGGAUUUGGUGUCGAGAUCGAUGAUUAUGGAGAUUUGCGAAGGACGUGGUUAUGAUAUGGGUGGCAUACCGACAAAAUAUACUGGAGAAGCGAUAAGGUAUCAAUAUAAAGAGACGAUUUAUCAUUCAGUCAAUGAUAAUGACAAAGUAGUCUAUAAGCGACUUAUGUCAGUUCAUGCCUUGCCACUUGAAGCGGAUACUAGAACCGAUGCUAUCGCAGAACUCGAUAAGCUUCGGAACGCCAAUGCCCACCGCUCAAAUACGCCUCAAUAUGCAAAGGUUAUCCUGCUGUCUUCAGAACUCAGGAAAGUCUUGAUGAAGUCGGAUCUUAGUAGAAACAUGGGAACUGAAAAAAUUUUUGACAUCAUGCACAGCGCAGUCGCCCGCAAGGAAUCACGUGGCGCUCACGCAAAAGAGAGGACUAUAAGGAGCGAGAUGAUAAAGAAUGUCUUAAGCAUUCACUUUCAUGGCUGGCAAAAGUCUGAAAGCAAUGAAGCUGAGCUGGGUAAUCGGGCAGUAACUAUGUCUACUUUAACGCGAGAGUAUCCCUGUGUAUACUAA